CGGAGGGAGGUGGAGGCAGCGCGGCGGAGCUCCGGCAGUCGGUCGGUAUGUAGCAGCAGCGGAGCGCCUGUCUGGGAAUACAAAGAGGGAAAAACGCGCCUUGGAUAGAGAAUAUCAGCAGCGGGAUUAAAACUCAAACCAGCCGAGGAUGAGACACAUUCAGUCCGAGUGAAGGAGACUAAAAAACGCGCCGUUAUUCCGCCGAUUUAUCACCGUUUUCCACGAAAAUGGCGAACGACUCUCCGGCUAAAAGUCUGGUGGACAUAGACCUGGCAUCCCUCCGGGACCCUGCUGGGAUUUUCGAGCUGGUGGAAGUGGUCGGAAAUGGCACCUAUGGACAAGUCUACAAGGGCCGACAUGUUAAGACGGGACAACUGGCGGCCAUCAAGGUCAUGGAUGUCACCGAGGAUGAAGAGGAGGAAAUUAAGCUGGAAAUCAACAUGCUGAAGAAAUACUCCCACCACAGAAACAUAGCGACUUACUACGGAGCCUUCAUCAAGAAAAGUCCACCAGGACACGAUGACCAACUCUGGCUGGUGAUGGAGUUCUGUGGUGCCGGUUCAAUCACAGAUCUGGUGAAGAACACCAAAGGAAACUCACUGAAGGAGGACUGGAUCGCCUACAUCUCCAGAGAGAUCCUCAGGGGAUUAGCUCACUUGCACGCGCAUCACGUCAUCCAUCGUGACAUCAAGGGACAAAACGUGCUGCUGACUGAAAAUGCUGAGGUCAAACUGGUGGACUUCGGUGUGAGCGCUCAGCUGGACCGGACGGUGGGUCGGAGGAACACUUUCAUCGGGACGCCAUAUUGGAUGGCUCCAGAGGUCAUCGCCUGUGAUGAGAACCCUGAUGCCACCUACGACUACAGGAGUGACCUGUGGUCUUGUGGAAUCACGGCUAUAGAGAUGGCUGAGGGAGCACCACCUCUGUGUGACAUGCAUCCAAUGAGAGCCCUCUUCCUCAUUCCUAGAAACCCCCCUCCUCGACUCAAGUCCAAAAAAUGGUCGAAGAAGUUCUUCAGCUUCAUCGAGGGCUGCCUGGUGAAGAACUACACCCAGCGUCCUCCCACCGAGCAGCUGCUCAAACACCCCUUCAUCAGGGACCAACCCAACGAGAGGCAGGUCCGCAUCCAGCUCAAAGACCACAUCGACCGAACCAAGAAGAAGAGGGGAGAGAAGGAUGAGACGGAGUAUGAAUACAGUGGUAGCGAAGAAGAGGAGGAAGAAGCAUCUGAGCAAGAAGGAGAACCGAGCUCCAUAGUCAACGUGCCCGGCGAGUCGACUUUGCGCCGCGACUUCAUCCGGCUGCAGCAGGAGAACAAGGAGCGUUCAGAGGCUCUGCGCCGCCAGCAGCUCCUGCAGGAGCAGCAGCUCCGCGAGCAGGAGGAGUACAAGCGCCAACUACUGGCCGAGAGGCAGAAACGAAUUGAGCAGCAGAAGGAGCAGAGGAGGCGGCUGGAGGAGCAACAACGGCGCGAACGCGAGAUGAGGAGGCAGCAGGAGCGUGAGCAGCGCCGACGUGAACAGGAGGAGAAACGUCGCAUCGAGGAGAUGGAGCGACGCCGCAAAGAGGAGGAAGAACGACGGAGGGCUGAGGAGGAGAAGAGGAGGGCUGAUCGAGAACAGGAGUACAUCCGUCGCCAGUUGGAGGAGGAGCAGCGGCACCUGGAGAUCCUGCAACAGCAGCUGCUUCAUGAACAGGCCAUGCUGCUGGAGUACAAAUGGCGGGAACUUGAGGAGCAGCGACAAGCCCAGAAGCUCCAGAAACAGCUGCAGCAGGAGCAGGCCUACCUGCUGUCGCUGCAGCAAAACAAGAGCCUGGAUAGUGGCAAAGCAGCCCAGCAACAGAGUACCAAACCUCCACAGAACCUUGAAUCCGAUGUGGUAAAGCCUAAACAGACCCCUGAGCCGGAUACAACGAAGCAGCCACAGAGCGUUGAGAAGACAUGGUCCAGUCCGGCCUCCAGUCUGGAAAAAACUACAAAACCGAAUCUACCGGUUGCUGACCUUCAAGGAAACGCCCCUGACUCUGAGCCGGUCAGAGAGGCUGAUGAGCGAUAUCGGAAGAACAUCCAGGGUUCUCCUCAGGCAGCUCAGACCAAACCCCAGCAGCCUCCAGUGCCACCACGCUCCGAGUCUUCAUACCCCAAUGGGAACUCAGCAUCUGAGGCGCCUGCCAUGCACCGGCCUGUAGAGCCACAGGUUCGUUCCCAUCUGGCUGCCUUAAAGAGCAGCAACAGCGUGGCCUCGUCAAACUCCUCCAUUUCCACCCCACCUGUUGUGUCGCGGUCGCACUCCUUCAGUGAGCCGCUUGUCCCUAGCUUUGACAGUCUGCACCUUCACAACAGCCACGAAUCUCACCAUCACUCUCCAUCAUCAUCAUCACCAACAUCAUCAUCAUCAUCAUCAACGGCCGCACGCACUGACCCACAACCUAUUCCCCAGAGUAGGCCCUCGCCCUACGAACCGGUCCGUUCAGAGGAUGUCCCGCCCCGGGUUCCUGUUAGGACGACAUCAAGGUCGCCCGUGUUGUCAAGGCGAGACUCGCCUCAUCACCACGGCAACGCCUCACACGGCGGCCACGCUGUACACCGCAAUGCUGCCAGUGCAGCGGAGCCUCGGCUGCUGUGGGAACGAGUGGAGAAACUGGUUCCCAGACCGACCAGUAAUAGUGGCAGUGGAGGCUCGAGUUCCUCCAGCAGCUCCAGUAACUCCAGCUCUCAGCCCGGUUCUCACUGUGGCUCUGGAGAGAGGUUCAGGGCCCGCUCCUCUUCCAAAUCGGAGGGUUCGCCCCUCCAGCGGCCAGAGAAUGCUGGGAAAAAACCAGAGGAGAGGAGGGACUUGGUCAGGCCAAACAAACCGGCGGACCUGACGGCUUUGGCGAAGGAACUGCGUGCAGUGGAUGAUGUUCGCCCUCCAAAUAAGGUGACGGAUUAUUCAUCCUCCAGCGAAGAAUCAGACACCACAGAUGAAGAUGAUGAUGAAGAAGUGGACCAGGAGGCUGGUGAGGAGUCGACCUCUGGCCCAGAGGACUCCAGAGCUGUCUCUGCCAGGCUGAGUAACGGAGAGACAGAGUCGGUGAAAACCAUGAUCGUCCACGAUGAAGGCGAGAGCGACGCCGGCUCGACUCCCUGCAAAGACAGCACGCUGAUUGUCAGACAGAAUAGCCACUGUAGCUUACCCUUUGCUCUAGCUAACACCUUCCCUUCCCUUGAACUGAUCAGGAACGCAUCUAGACCCAAAGUGUUGUACCCCUCUUUCUACUUCCAGAGUGCAGGUGACAACAGAAAGCGUACGGGUCCCGGCCCGGGCCAAACGCAGACUCCUGUUCUGCUCGCGGGCUUCGCUCCGAGUCCCGGCUCGGUGUCGGGCCCGGGCCUUGUCCAGCACACACCCAGCCCCCACCACCACCACCAUCACCACCACCACCAUCACCCCACACAGCACUCGGACAGGAACGGCUUUGCUGGUCGCAUCCACCACCUCCCAGACCUCAUCCAGCAGAGCCACCAUUCCUCCCCUUCCUCCACUGCAUCCAACUCCCCUUCCUCCUCCAGCCUUGCCAGUCCCUCCUCCAUGUCCCCCCAGAGCCCCCUGGACAAGCUCGGCAUCCUCACAGAGAGCCAGUCUAGUAACAACAUGCAGAAACACAAGUCUUCUUCCUCCUUCACUCCGUUCAUUGACCCACGCCUCCUCCAAGUCUCUCCAUCCACCGGCAGCGCCCUCAAUAAUGUCGCCCUUCCCUUUGACCUUUUAGGCUACGCCAACGAUGCCAGGCUGGCGGAGGCACUGAGAGCAGAUCCAUCUCGGAAGGGCUCUGUGGUCAACGUUAACCCAGUGAACACUCGUCCUCAGAGCGACACACCGGAGAUCCGCAAAUACAAGAAGAGGUUCAACUCUGAGAUCCUGUGUGCUGCACUCUGGGGCGUGAACCUGUUGGUGGGAACAGAGAGUGGCCUGAUGCUGUUGGAUCGCAGCGGUCAGGGGAAAGUUUAUCCUCUGAUCAAUCGACGGCGCUUCCAGCAGAUGGACGUCCUCGAGGGACUCAACGUCCUGGUCACUAUAUCAGGUAAGAAGAACAAGCUCCGUGUCUACUACCUGUCCUGGCUGAGGAACAAGAUCCUGCAUAAUGACCCCGAGGUAGAGAAGAAACAGGGUUGGACCACCGUAGGAGACCUGGAGGGCUGCGUCCACUACAAAGUUGUGAAAUAUGAGAGGAUCAAAUUUCUGGUUCUGGCCCUGAAGAACUCAGUUGAGGUCUAUGCCUGGGCACCGAAGCCGUACCACAAGUUCAUGGCCUUCAAGUCGUUUGGUGACCUGGUGCACAAGCCACUGCUGGUCGACCUGACGGUGGAAGAAGGUCAGAGGUUAAAGGUCAUCUAUGGCUCAUGCUCAGGCUUUCAUGCUGUGGAUGUCGACUCUGGAGCUGUAUAUGACAUCUACCUGCCUACGCACAUCCAGACCAACAUCCAGUCACACGCAAUCAUCAUCCUGCCCAACACUGACGGGAUUGAACUGCUGGUUUGCUACGAGGACGAGGGUGUUUACGUCAACACCUACGGACGUAUAACCAAGGACGUGGUGCUGCAGUGGGGGGAGAUGCCCACCUCAGUCGCCUACAUUCGUUCCAACCAGAUCAUGGGUUGGGGGGAGAAGGCCAUAGAGAUCCGCUCGGUGGAAACUGGUCACCUAGACGGCGUCUUCAUGCACAAGAGAGCCCAGAGACUCAAGUUCCUCUGUGAAAGAAACGACAAGGUGUUUUUCGCCUCUGUACGAUCUGGAGGCUCCAGCCAGGUCUACUUCAUGACUCUGGGCCGAAGCAACCUGCUCAGCUGGUAGAGGUCCACACCCUGCCCUCUUCCUCCUCCUUCUCCUCAUCCUCCUCAUUUCCUCCACCCUCGCUAACACUGGAUCUCAGAACCCACCGUUGAUGUCUUGUCAGCCCUCGGACAACCAAACGAGAACAAACACAGUAACCUACCAGCCCUUUGGAGCGGUCGACGCCACCGACUUCAGCUUCCCUCUGGAACUGCAGCAGCGCUCUGGGCCUGCCUGUGACGCAGCGACAACCGGUCGAGUCGAGCCUUGACCCCCGAAAAACCCAAAGUGACGACCUGCGUACAAAAUGAAAUCGAUGGUUAAAUAUAUGAAAGGAAGUAGAAAUAAAUUAAAUGUGAAUUCAAGAAAAGGAGGCAAACAACUUUGUGUUUCCCUCUCUGUUUUCUUGGUGCUCAUCAGAUUGCGAUGGGAUAGAUUUUGUACCUCUGCAUCAUUUCCGUGCUCCUGGGCUGGUCAGUAAGCUUGAGGUCUUCUAACUACUAGUACUGCUACCGCUAUUACUACUACUACUACUACUACUACUACCUUCUGCAGGUCUGCCUCUUGUAAGGGAGUUCCCCUCUGCCCCAUGUUCCCACCCUCUGCCCUUUCUUAUGAGUGUGGGGCUGAUGGGGUCAGAGUCUGUUGUAUUAAUGCUACAGUAGUGUGUGUAAAUGUACUUCUGUUUGGUCCAAUUACUGCUGACAUGCUGGUUAGAGACUGGUCAGAGUCAGCCAGGGGUAAAGUGUAAAAACCCCAGAGCCGGAGGGAACUCGUCAAGGUGACAAGCAGGCGGAAGGGACCUAAUAAUUUAAGGUUUUACUGUAAGUCUAAAUGAUAGGACUCAACGGGAGGGUGUGUGUGUUUGGAGGAUUGUGUUGUUGUGGACAGGUGCUUUAAAAAGGGGGAGGGGAGUGAGAAGGUGAUGAUGAAGCAGAUGGAUUUCAAAAUAGUAUUUUUUUGAAUCAUUACUAUUAUUAUUAUUCCUUGAAGAUAAGCGUAACUAUGUGGAGUUAAACAUGUCUUUUACCUUGUUUUUUUUGUUUUUUUUUUUAAACAUUUACGCACAUCAACCCACAGUCCACAAAUUUGCUUGCUUUUAAUCAAAAACCACAGACGUUUGAGGUGUGUUUGUAUAAGAAAAAAAAGUGAUGUGGGUGUGAUCCAAAAAAUAAAGUAAAACAAAGGUGUCUAUGUACAAUAAAGUUCAUUUAAGCUUCAGGAUAGUGUCAUUUGUCAUGUUUUCCCCUCCAGCGGUCAAACAUGACAACCUAGACUGAAGUCAAGAAACUUCAACUGCUGUGAAUAGUCAAAUAUUACAUGAAAAAAUGUGAUAAUGGAGUGAUAAAGUAGAGGAGAAAGUUUAGUAUGUGUGUGUGUUGUCAGAGAGUUCAGUGACAUUGAUGAACUGGAUUUAUGUGGCAGAGAGCUAAACGCGUGGUCAGCAGGUUUGUUUCAGUACUAGAGGCAGAUUUCUAUAUUCCAUUUUGUUAUUUCAGCUCAUUUCACCUUUCAUUUAUAUCAUUUGUAUGUAUUCAAUGCACUCAGUGUCAAGAAUGUAGAAAGACUUAUUACUGUGUGGUGGUCCAAGGCAUGAGAUGAUGUUUUUUGCUUUGUAUCUUGUCACAAGUGAUCAAUCCUAGAUGUUCAAUUUCAAGUUCAAGCUGCAACAGCAGAGCCUCUACGUCAGGUGUAGAUAUUUUCAAUUUCUGUAUUUGUUUCGCUACCUUUUCCACAGCUGUGGCAAUCUGCACAGAAGCAAAUGCUGAGAGUGUAUAAGAGCUGAGGAGCAUUUUCUUGUAAGUGGAGAGUCCUGCUUGUGUGCAUCAAGCACGUCUUCCCAUCAAAUGCGGACACGGACUUCGUUAAUUCAACACUCAGACUCUGGAUUUCAGUGUUACUGUGAUCUCACAACAGGCAACACGGAGCAGAGGUUUUCCUCACUCGGCUGUUUGCGAAGAAACGAAGAUGGAAACCCACUUUUUGGAGAGGAUUUGCUUUCUCUAUUUUGUGUCCCCUCCCACAUUUCCUGCUCCAGCUGUUAUUUAAGUUGUGUGUAUAUGUGAAAGACUGAGCAGCAACCUGCAUCACUGACCUCCUCGGGGCCAUCUGCCGAGCUGGAUUUUCCUCCGUUUCCACAGCGGCUCUCAAAGAUUGCACAUUAUUCGCUCAAAACAGGGGCAAAGGAGGGUCCAAAUCUGUGCUCUGACUUCAUGUCCAAACAUGUUUUCGUCAGGUCACAAUCAAGUUAACCUUGGAUGUGUUUUCCCCUCUGACGAUACCGAUUACACACAUGAGCAGUGUUUAGACAUGUGAAAAGGUUACCUAGUUUAUGUCACAAACCUUUGCUUCAAUUGUAUAGUGAAGCCGUUUGGACCCCAAUGCUGUUGUCUGAGGUUGUGUGUGCAGUAGUACCCAGUGUGUGUCUCUUAUUGCAUCAAGGCCUUGAUGAGUGGCUGUAUUGACUUUAAUGAAAAAUUGUGGUUAUUAUUGAUAUUCUUAAUGGGCUAAAUAAUGGAUGAGACUUAGGUUGAUACCUGACAAGAAAAAGCAGUCGUUCGCCGGCUCGUGUUGGAAAAAGUGCCAAGAAGGCAGCAUUUAAAAUGUGUAAACCUAUUGUUAUGAAAACCACUACUUGGAAAUCCUUUUUUUAAAAAAAUCACUUGAAGCAUUGUGUAUUCUUAAGUUUUAGAGCUAGUUGAGAAGCUUGACAAUAGUUUCUGUUGUUUCUGUAAGUCUGUGUACACAUAAAUAUGCGACUGCGGUGGUUUAAUAUUAUUGCUCACCUUAGGUGGAGAAAAUGUUUACAGAAGCAAUGUUUUGUUACACUAAUGUGCAUCAAGGUAUUUAUGUUUAAUGCAUAUGCAUCUUGGUUCUUUAAUACUUUCUGUUUCUGCUUUUUGAGCCCAGUUUUAUUGGAUAUUUUAAAUUUUUUGUCAUCUCCCCAACCCAACCAACUAACGUACUUACAAAACAAUAAAGAACACACGUGUUGUUCAUUUCAGGUAAUCACAUAACGCUGCUUCAACAUGGAAACAUUGCAGUGAGUUUCCCUGCAGGCUUGGACGUAUGGCGACGUGUUUUCCCUCUGCUGUUUCUGCCAUGCUACUCUAACUUAUGUCCUCUCUGUGUAUGACAGGAAGUCGUGUAUUUUCCUGAAGGUUUUUUUCUUUGAAUAAACUUUAAAAGUAAUUUUAAAAGAA